AUGGAAUACGCAGGUCGUCCGGCCCAACGGCCACGCUGUCUACCCGCAAGAGACAACGAGAGCAACAUCGAUGAUGACGGGUCAAGCGAUCCGGACGGUCCGGACAGUUCGGAGUCGGAGUUUGGACUUAGCGGGACCGACCUACCGCUUCCAGCCUCCGAAAGGCCUCGCAGUCCGCCGCGCCCGCCGCCCCGACAACCCUCGCCGUUGGCGUUAGUUUGGCCGCCGCCUGGACUCGCUCCGCCGCGUCCGCCGCGGGCCGUGCGCGGAUUCGAAGACCCGGACCUCUUGCAGGCCGCCAACGCCCACCUGCGGUCCGCAGUGGGGGCCCAGCAAGCGGAUAUCUCCCGGGUGAUCAAGGAGCACGUGCGCAAGUUGAUGGCCAUAGUCGAUGUGGCCGACCCCGACGAAAUCUUCGGCACGAGCUCGGUGCCACAGCCUCCCGUCCCGUCGGAGGAGCUCUUUCGGCUUUCUCCUACAAAAGCUAACCCGUUCGUCGGGUCGCCCCGCAGUUCCCUGUCCGACGAGUCGCCUGGCGAGAGGGAGAGCGAGCUGGAUCGAGGGCCGCCCCCCGGUCCGUUGGCGGAUGGUGUGCAUGUCCCGCCGCCGCUGCCGAGCACGAUUUGGAACGGGACGUGGUUCCCGAGGGUGCGCGGCACCAUGGUCAUCCCGCGGAGCUGGCUUGAUUUGCUAGUGUCCGGGGCGAGGCCGCGACAGCUGAGGCAAGACUUCCCUCCCCUGAGAGCUCAAGGAGGGCGCGGACUGUCCGGUAGUAGCUCAUCCGAUCGGAAUCUGGCCUCCAACGCCGGCCCAAGCCUGCGGGGUCCGCCUCGUUCUCAUCUGCCUCACCCUCGUCGUCAUCCUCUUCUUAGGCUGUCUCGCCUUCCUCCCUGGCUGGCUAGUGUCACGCACACAGAAGCCCCAGCAACCACAUCCCCCCCCCAGCUCCGAGCCAGGCCCGUCCCAGAAACCCAGCCUGCCGAGAUCGUGGAGCGGGUGUCCAACGACGAGAUCAUGACCGGCGUAUUCACCAGCGAGGAAUGGGCCGACUACGCUGCACCAACGGAGGAGGCUGCCAAGCCCGGUCUGGCUACCCAGAACAAGUUCGCCAUGCUCGUGCAACCCCGAUGA